AGUCUGCGAAUAUAUAAUGCCCAAACUGCAAGCCCAAACCUCCCUUACUUUCGAUCGAGUUGAUUUCUAGCAGAGGCAAAUUGAAACAAAUAUCCUUUUGUGUUCAGAACCCCAACACCAUGUCGGCUCCUACAAAAGCCACGGAUAGCCCAUUAAAGAGCCCAUCAGGAGCUGAAUCUCCAACAACUGCGAGACCAUUAGAAAUGGACGACGAUGAUGUGCAAGAAUCCGGAAUCUUGGGACACGAUGCGCCCGCCGUAUCAAGGCAAGCAACCGUUGAAGACGAAGCACCCGCGAAGCCUCCGCGCCCUUUGAGUCCUCAGCAACAAGCGGAAAAUACUUUGAAGGAAGCAUUCCCAAGCAUUGAUGCCGCUGUUGUCAAAGCUGUUCUUAGAGCCAGCGGGGGUCGGGUCGAGCCAGCUUUCAAUGCUCUUCUAGGCAUGUCUGAUCCUGAUGCCGUCAGAGAACCUACACCUCCUCCACAACCUCCUCGCCCUACUGCUCCUCGUGCCGGAUCUACCCCGCAAUCACAACUCGAAGCUGACGAGCAAUAUGCUCGUCAACUGGCGGAACACUACGGUGGUGGUUGGGGAGGAGAUGGGCAACGCGGUGAUGGACCCCGCAGACAGCAGACUGGUCUGCGGCCAGGACCUAAUGAUCAACAAAAGGAACGCAGCUUCAUCGAUGACGAUUUGCCAAUUAUUGGAGAGAACUUGAAGAAGGGUUUCCUUGAGACACAGAGCAAGGUAAAUGGAUGGAUAACAAAUCUGAAAAAGCGAAUUGAUGGCGAAGAUGACGACGAUGUACCUCAUCAAGGUUACAACUCUGGGCAGUCAUCGAAUCCGCAAUACCGUUCACGCAGAAGCAAUGAUGGAAGACGAAGUGGAGAUUACAACCGUUACGAUGCAGACCCUCAAGUACUUAGCGAUGACUUCGCAGGUAUGCAGAUGAACAGCGAUGGCACUCCAGCUCGACGCUCUACUCGUCCUCUUGCCAACCCUGAUCUUUUCAAACCAACUCCUCCUGCACCAAAAUCUGCCGAUGGCCGCAAGGUUGCUUUCCAAGGUGGUCCACCUGAGGAAAUCGACAUUUACCGUACCUCUCCGAGGUUGGGAGCCAAGGAGAACACACCACCUGUCAGCAAGCAGAGCAAAUGGCAACCAUUGUCUACUGUGGAUCCCAGCCCAAUUGGUGAGACUGACAACGAUCCGUUCAGCUUAGGGGACAGUGAAGACGAGAAGGAAUCUAAAGAUCGUGUUGGUGGAAAGGAGGUCAGGACGGACGAUGCUGAGAGACUUAAGAAAGCAGCUGCGGAGGCAAUGAAUGACAGCAUUAGCGAACCGGCACGGAAACCAGAAGCUGCAGAGACUAUUGGAACCAAAGACAAAAUUGCGGAGGAGAAGUUGGCAGGAAAGUCAUGA